AUGGCUUCCUCCAAUCCUGCAGAGCCUUCAAAAACAUGGACACAUUUCAGGAAUUUUGUGGAAAAAAAAGACGUGUUUGCAGAAGAAGAACCCAUGGAACAUCCAGCCGGUGAAAAAUAUACCAUUGUGACUGGUGGAGCCCAAGGAGCCGAUGAAUAUGCUGAACGACUGGCUUUGGCGUAUGAAUGUCGGUUGGAUAUCAAAAUAGGUCCCAAUCAUCCCAGAGCUAAAUGUCUUAGUCCCAUUCAACCCACUGAAGCCGAUCUUUAUCAUGCUCGUGAAUCCAUCAAACGAGCCAACCAAACGCUUCAACGUAAAAGUCCUAUUGGUACAGCUACUUAUUUUGAAGAAUUAAUGGUUCGAAAUUAUUUUAUUGCUAGACAAUCUUAUGCUCUGUAUGCCUUUGGCUACUUAGACGCCAACAAGACAACGGUCCAAGGAGGCACCGGAUGGACCGUUCAACUGGCUUUGGAUAUGGGGAAACGCGUGUACCUGUUUGACUUGACGGACAACCAGUGGUACGAGUUUAUCUAUUAUCAGCUACAAAAGGGUUCGUAUGUGAAAAAAUGUGAGUUUCAACUCUUGAAAAGUGCUUGUUCUCUCACUCUCUAUGAUCAUGUGGGGAUUGUAGGAUCGAGACAUUUUACAGAACAAGGUAAAAAGGAGAUGAGACAUCUUUUUCGACGUACCUUUUUAAGAUGA